CCGCCGCCGCACCAGGCAGACGCGCGGGCGCCAGGCUCCGGCAUUGCGCUCGGAGCCGCCAGGCGCAUCGCAGGAAUCCUCGGCUACCUCCUUUGCCCUUUUCUUGCUGGAUGGACCAGGAAGAUCAUCAGGGUGUGCAUGAACACCAGAAUUCCGAAGACAGAGGUAUGGGUUCUGACUUUGAGAACUCUGACGACAGAGAGGGGGACCCAGAAGAAAGAGGAAUGGGCUCCAACCCACAGGACACAGAAGAGAGGGGCCACCUGGAGCAGGAGAUGAACUCCAACCCACAGGAUAACGAUCUCAGAGGGGAUUCACAUGAGAGGGAAAUAGUGCCCACUGUUUGUCCAGAGGGGCUGCUGAGUGAGGAAGAAGGGGCUGUCCUCCGUGAGGAAGAGGACGACCAACCUGGUGUGCCUGACAUGACACUGUUCCCAGGCCUGUCAGAAUCUGACAGUAUAUCCCGGAGUCCCCGGGGAGAGGAGGAGGAGGAAGAGGAAGAGGAGGAAAGCGCUGGGGAGAACCGGCUGAUGGAGGAAGAUGAGCAGUUGCCUCCUCCGGUGCUUCCCUGGAGGCGUCACCUCUCCCUGGGGGGUCGACACCGAGGUGACAAACCUGCCCACCGCCGUUUCCACCGGCUCCAUCAUCCCAUGGCCAUGGACCUCGGGGAACUCGACAGCCUGAUGGCCAGCAUUAUGGACGCGCCCACCAUCUGUCCAGACUGCGGAGAGAGCUUCAGCCCGGGUACCGCCUUCCUGCAGCACCAGCGCAUCCACCGUCUGGCAGAGGCAGCAGCGGUGGCCAGCCUGGAGCCCUUCGGCUUGGCGGCCGAGUGCGGUGGGGUGGUGGGGAUGAUGGGCAUGGGUGUAGCCGGCGACUUCGGGACCGGGUCCGCGCUGGCCCGGCCCCCCCGCGAGAAGCCCUUCCGCUGCGGCGAGUGCGGCAAAGGCUUCAGCCGCAACACCUACCUGACCAACCACCUGCGGCUGCACACGGGCGAGCGGCCCAACCUGUGCGCCGACUGCGGCAAGAGCUUCAGCUGGCGGGCCGACCUGCUCAAGCACCGGCGCCUGCACACGGGCGAGAAGCCCUACCCGUGCCCGGAGUGCGGCGAAGCCUUCAGCUUGAGCUCGCACUUGCUCAGCCACCGGCGGGCGCACGCAGCGGCCAGCGGGGCGGGGUCGGCGGCGGCGCUGCGGCCCUUUGCAUGUGGGGAGUGCGGCAAGGGCUUCGUGCGCCGUUCGCACCUCGCCAACCACCAGCGCAUCCACACGGGCGAGAAACCGCACGGCUGCGGCGAGUGCGGCAAGCGCUUCAGCUGGCGCUCGGACCUGGUGAAGCACCAGCGCGUGCACACGGGCGAGAAACCCUACAUGUGCUCCGAGUGCGGCGAGACCUUCAGCGUGAGCUCGCACCUCUUCACGCACAAGCGCACGCACUCGGGCGAGCGGCCCUACGUGUGCCGCGAGUGCGGCAAGGGCUUCGGCCGCAACUCGCACCUCGUCAACCACCUGCGCGUGCACACCGGCGAGAAGCCCUUCCGCUGUGGCCAGUGCGAGAAGCGCUUCAGCGACUUCUCCACACUCACGCAGCACCAGCGCACGCACACGGGCGAGAAGCCCUACACGUGCAUCGAGUGCGGCAAGAGCUUCAUCCAGAGCUCCCACCUCAUCCGCCACCGGCGCAUCCACACCGGCAACAAGCCCCACAAGUGCGCGGGCUGCGGCAAGGGCUUCCGCUACAAGACGCACCUUGCGCAGCACCAGAAGUUGCACCUGUGCUAGGGCAGGGGGGGUCCCAAUGAGUCCCAACGCUGGGAGUAGAUGGCUAGAUUACUGAUUCGCAGAUGUGGGGGACAGCCUAAGAUGUCUGGGAGAGCCUUUUAAUGUUUUCCCCCCUCCCCCAUGGGAUGGUUAAUAAGAGUUAUUAUUUCGAGGUGCCUACCUCCUCCAUCGAAGUAACUCUUAGGAGAUGUGCUUGAGUUGAUGGCUUAAUUAAAUACUCACUGUAAGGAGUUAAAAGCUUGGGUGAACAGACGCUUGGAGGAUCCCCGAGGAAGGGGAUUUGGGACUGGGUAGAGAGGGUUGGACUGCCAUGUUUGUGGGAACCGGAGAGGUGGUUGGUUUAGAGUUAUGGGGGUACAAAAAUAAGCGGGUAGGAAUAAGUCUGUGACAUCCCUCCUCUCAACUUUAGUCAGAUCCUUCUCAUCACUACAGAAGAGGGUGUUUAGUAUCCACUUCCUUCCCUAUGAGCCACAGUUAGCUGCUAUUUUGAGACAUCCAGGGAAAAUUGAGCAGAAAAACUGCACAGUUACUUCAGGAAGCAACGUUGGGUUUAGGCAUCCACUAGCAACUGGUUCCCACAUUUCUUAGGAAAUCCUGCACUUGCUUCUUCAUGUUGAUUCAGGGUAGCCUAGGUGGAUGGAUGACCCUGACCCCCGUGUAAGUCAGGACUUGGCCGGUCUUAGUCCGGCUUGGUACAUGAAGACCAUCAACAGCUGCCUGAGAAACCUGUUCACAAAAGGUAGCCAGCUCAGUUUUACUGGCUUCACGUGGAAAAUGCAAGAAUGCUGAGUUCACAGGCUGGGAUGCCUUCAUUUGCAUGUGUGCGUGACCCCAUGAACCCCAACUUCCCUCACAAGUUAAUGAGGGAUCUAGUCCAGACAGGGGCGUCCCCUUUUCCCUCUACAUGUGAGAGGCACAGAUUUACACGUGGAAGGGAGAGGCAGGGAGAGGUGGGAAUGCAACGUGGCCAAAUAGCACAAAGGAAUGUUUUCUAAGUUACACAGUUGCCAAAACAGCACUUUCGUAUUUACAAAGUGUUUUACGCUUUCUAAGGAUUGCUAGUGUUUCUCACGCGCUCAGGAGGUCAGUCAGUAUUACAAACUCUGGCUUGGUAAAAAUCUGGGGUCAGAGUGUGGUGAGCCUCCUGAAGGAAGGCUGAGGACCGUGGAUGGUGGAGUCUGACCUUUUGUGUUCUCCAGCUCGGUUGCUAGGAUGAGUUACGUUCUCUGAUUUAUAUAAUACAGCUAGAACACUGAGCAUUCUCGUGCUUGAUGGGAGGCAUAAAAGCCUAGAAGGACCAAAGAUGUCCUUAUUGACAAAGCUGGCCUUUGUCGCCCGAUUCGAGUGUCCUCACUAUGCUCUAUUUCUAGUAGGGAGCUGUAAGCAGAUGACUUGUAUAGAUUUUGGUUACACUGAAAAACCCCUUCCCUAGAUUAGCCUGUAGAAGUCAGUGUCAUGGCAGGCGGUGAAGUUAUCGUCACUGAAACUUAUUACCCUAGACUGUUCAUGGAGCCUCCAGCUGUUGGACACAGUUGAAGGGGGAAAACUAGAAGAUUGUUUUUACAGUUUUAGUGAAGAUUCUGUGAAUGCUCGUGAUUUAUACUUGAUCAUUUGUGUUUUAGUAAUGAUCUUUACUGUAGGGGCUGUAGGAAAGCAUGUUUUCUAUCACUCUAAGAACAAUCUGGAGAACAUCUAGGCUUGUAUAUUGCCUGCUGAUCAUGUCCACUGAAUCUUUUUAUUGUUCAGAGAUACACUAAGGAGAGUUUUUAUUUUAUUUUUAUUUUUAUUUUUAUAAAACUCGAGUUCUCUCCAGUCCUCUUUGAGUGAAGAGUUAUAUGUGCAAAGUCUGUGCCCAUUGUUUUUUCUGACUCUUGUAGUCUCAAUGCAAAGUGAAUGAGACCACUUAAUACAGCCAAUUUGUAAGUAAUCUUUAAUUUUUAAUUUCUUCUUUCUUUCGAGACAGGGUCUCUCUACAUAGUUCUGGCUGUCCUGGAACUCACUAUGUAGACCAGUCUUGCCUCGAACUCACAGAGAUCUACCUGCCUCUGCCCACCAAAUGCUGGGAUUACAGGCAAGUGCCACUGUGACCAGCUUAUUGUUUUUGUUUUGUUUUGUUUCGUUUUUUUUUUUUUUUUAAAUACACAUCUACCUCUUCUGGCUGUUUUAAAUUCUCUCAAGCGUGUGCCAAUGAAAUCUUGUCCAACUUUUGAUUCUUCAUAUAUAUUUUUAGCCACUUUGGUUUUUUAUUUUUUAUUCUUUUGCCUUUUGUUAUCACCAUUACACAGAGUGAUAGCCAUUAUCAAAUAUAUUACACAUCAGCGACUUUAGAGUGGGUUCAGUGAGGAGUGGGUAUGCAAGCUGGUGUGAAGCCAUGGUGGUGGAAAUCCUUGGGCUUCUCCUGUUCCUGUUUUUUCUGUUGCCAUGGGCGAGAGAAUCAGCUACUGUGUUCAUACCUAUGCUGAGCAAACCCUUCAGCAGGCCGUUCAGCCACCCAUGCACUCCUCCAGUGGUGGGUUUAAAUGUGAGUCCAUUUCUCUUACUUCUUCAGGGAACAUGCCCACAUUAGGUGAGAUUCCAUGCACCCAGGUGGUUAUUUGUCGUCUUCCAUCUUAGAAUAAUAGUGUUUCUUCAGGAUCUCCUGGAGACUAUGGUUCAUGCUUGAAAUGUUAAAGAUUCCUCCCUCCAACUCAUGAUUGAUAUUGGAGGCCUUUGUACUAUUUAUUUCCUGGGGAGUUUGGCCAAAAUCACGCUUCCUUUGCUGUCCUUCACUAAGCAAAACCCAGCGGAAUUUCUGAGGCGGAAGAAGAUAAGCAGUUAGCUCUUUGAGCCACGGGGUCGCUUGACAGUCUAGAGGCUGUAUAUAUGUGAAAAGUAAAAAUUAAAAAAAAAAACAACUAUGUUCAUAGACAAUCUGAGCUGUGUUCUGAAGUCUGUGCACACUUUUCCCUGCUGUGCUCUUUGCUAUAUGUUGUUAAAGUAAGUAGUAAGUAAUUUAAUGAUCCAAGGAGUACCCGAUUCUGCGUGAGUGUGCUUGUGGAUGUGAGAAUCGCCUCGUUUGCAGGUUGUUUUAUUUAAUGGUGGCUCCUUGGACAGCAUCUGGUGUCCAGCAACGAA